UACCUCGUGUAAGUUUUAGCAGGUUCUUUUAAUCUCAAAUCAAAACAUUUUAUGGUACCAUCUUGAGAGCCAGACAUCAACAAGUUAGGUUCACCUGUAUGAAAUGUCACUUUGUUCACGGUUCUUUUGUGGUCAUAGAAAACGUGUUCUUGUUUGUUUCUAGACGCUCUGUUCAAGUUCCACGUGACCACCGCACCGCCAGUUGUGGCCGUCGCCAGGAUGUUGUCUAUAGAAAUACAGGAUAGAACUAAUAAUUUAAUAUUUUAAACGAAAAAUAAUAAGUCCACCAAACAACAGUACAAUACACAACGUUUAUCAUUUGUUGUGACAUUACCAUCAGAUGGAUUCCAAUCGACAUCCAUGCUCGACGAAUUUUGUACAUUGGAUGUUUUGCCACAUCGCAAGUUGACCCACUCUUUAAAGCCGCCUUGUUCGAUGAUAAACACUUUGAGUACUGAAAAAAUGACAAAAUGAGGAUCGUGAUAACUCUGGGAUUGAUACAACGUUGAUCCUCAGUAACGAGCCCUGGGUCCUGUAUAAGGAACACCCCGAGCAUUAAUUUAUAAUACGUUACCAUUUCUACCGGCGACUACGACGUGAGUGUGAUCAUUGUUUAGAGCCAAUGAGUACGCUGGACCUUCGUGGAGCACGUACCCUUUGAUAUUUUCGUUGGCCGUAACCACCGUUGUCGGGGAAGUCAUCGUUCGUCGUCGUCGUCAACAGGACUUCCUGGUGAAGGACGCAUUGAAAGCAAUAGCCUCAAAGUGAUAAUGGACACGUGACGGGUGAAACAAUUCAAAUUUCAAAAAUUAUUAUUUUUAUUAAGUACGCGGGCUCAAAGGGUAUCGGGUUAUCCUUAUCGGUCAUUCCGGAUGGGAUACGCAUGCGCAAAGAUAUCUAUGGUUGGUCCAUAAACUUUAUAGGUACCUCAUUCUGAGGUCUAUGGGCCAACGCCGUUUAUCCGUUCAUCGCCUUUUAUCACUCCGUCCGGAUACUCUUGGAUGCACGACUGAUAAGACUACUAGAGAAACGAUUUUUGUCUUUAACGAUGCUAUUUUAUUGCUGGCAGUCUUCUACGCGACUACACCACUGCCCAGCGUAAAUCGUACCACAGUUAAUGCGCAAGCUUGAUGACAUGUGUAAAUCUGACUUGUAAAAUUGUAAUUUCAAACGUGACUCGAUCGCUUACUACUCCGGUGUUCAUAACAGCUCUUCGUUUACCGUGAUCCCUCAACACCCGAUUUUGAAUUUUUGUUCUAUUACCCUGCUGCUAUGAUGGCAAUGGUGACUUUUGUACGUUUGAUCACGUAAACUGGAUUUGCCUACCGGUAAUUCAAUAAUAAUACUAAUUAUUAACAAACAAACGAAUUUUUCCCCUCAUUCCUUUAUAUUUUAUGCAGACAAGCUGCCGUCGAGUUUCGCGUACACGACACAGCAAGAGUUAACUCGCAAUCGGCGCGCCAUAACCCAGGCCCCAAACCAUCCAUUGCCUACGUACAAGCUGGUGGUGGUAGGUGACGGUGGUGUGGGUAAAAGCGCGAUCACCAUUCAGUUUUUCCAGAAGAUGUUUGUAGCCGAUUACGAUCCGACCAUCGAAGAUAGUUAUAUUCAACACGCGGUUGUCGAUGAUGAUUCCUGUGUACUCGACGGUAAAUAUGAACAAUUCAAUCCACAAUUUUAUUUCGACUUAAUUCGUCAUAGGUAAUAAUAAAAUGAAUGAAAAUCGCAUACUGGGAAAUAAUAUUGGUUAUUGUAGUAUAAGUUUAAAUAUUUACCCUUAGCGAUGUUUAGUUUUAUGAAUUUAGAACUUUCUAUAAAUAAUACAUGUUCAGAGUAUCUACUAUAUAAUGGAAAUAUCUAUCUAUUUUUAAAUUAAAUUUUUGACCCAAGAUGUUAUCUGCAAUUUAUGUUACCUACCAAAAUCCUCUUCUACUUUACCUUUAUCCCAACUAUUAGGAGUCUGCCACCCUUGUUCUGAUCUUUCACUUGACUCGAUUUCUCACCUCAUAUACACCGGUUGUACUCAUAUCAUUCUCAAUCGUAUCCAACCACUGCUGUCUUCCCCUCCAUUUCUUUCCUCCUAUUUUUUAUUUUCAUUAAAAUUCUUGCUACUUCAGAUUUCUCUCCUCGUGAUAAAUACCCUUACUAUCUUAGUAUAUUUUCUCUUAUUUUGUCUACUACAGAAGCUACACCCAAGUUACCUCUUAUGUAUUUAUCCUUUAUCUUCUAGUCUCUCCUUCUCUGUACUAUUAUUCUGUCUAUUGCUUAACACUCCGAACCAUAUAACAUAGUCAUUAUCUCCACUUGAUCAUUGACUUAGUCCUAUGUUUGACAUCUUCAUGAAAGCCAUUGUUCUUUUGUACAAAAGAUCAAAGAUACUUUAAACUCUCAACAUCAUCUAUAACUGUUUAUUGUCCUAUCCUGCUCCUCUAAACUCAUACUCUAUUUUACUUCUUAUUCUUAGUCCUUUUUCUUCAAAUGUUACUCUGCAUUUCUCAAGUCUAUUGUUAAUUUAUUCCAGAUAUUCUCCUAUCAGAGCUAAAAACUGCAAACAUCUACAAACAUCAUGUACCAUGUUACUUCCUCUCUCCUGUUGUCCCUGCACACAUCUGAGAUGGGAGAAUCUGCCAGCCUUGUUUAGAAUUCCUCAUGCUGUUUGACAGAAUUUUACACCGGAUGUUGACUUGAUAACAAACCCAUUUGCUACCUCUCACAACAGGUAGUAGUAUCAUCUUAAGAUAUUAAAAAAAAAAGACCCCAGACCACAACAUAUACUAGGAAAAAAACAUUUUUUCUGUUUAAAUUAAUGCCUGUUAAAAAACACCUCACCUAUAGUUAUACUGUUUAUUGUCAUCAUUUAUUGCAGUUUUGUUCUAUCCCUCCAAUGCAUACUCUGUUUUACUACUACUUAUUCUUAGUAUCUUUCCUUUAAAUGCUAGUCUAUUCCAUUCUUCAAGUAUGUCGUUUACUUAUUCCAAAUUUCUUUCUAUCAUCAUUAUCUUCAAUCAUCAUUCACUAUGGUAACUACCUUUUACUGUUGUCUUUACACUUAUUUAUUUUAUUAUUAAUUUUUCUUAGUACAAACAAAGCAUUGAGGAAGAUUGUUCCUAUCCCUCCCACCCCUAUGUUGCUAUUUAUAUAGAGAUAUAAACGUUACCUACAACAAAAUUGUAAACUUUUUCUGGUUUUGACUUCGAAGUUGUGUGUUUUGAAUUGACCAAACUACUUUACCAGAAAACACAAAAAAGUAGAAAAUAAAAUGUUUUAUUCUAUAAUUUAUUAAUACUCUAUGCAUAAAAUUUAAACUUUUAUUUGUUUUCUUUUAAAUAUUUAAAUAUUUUCUUUUUAUUUGAAGUACUUGUUGGAGCUAAAUAUUUACUACGUAGGUAGGUAUACGCAGAUUAUAAAUUAGAUAUACAAAUUAUUUUUAUUACUUUUCAACUAUUAAAAUUGAUUUUAUAUUAUUACAUUUUUAAAAACUGUUAUAAUUAUUUUGUUUUCUCAGUAAUUUAUCAAUUUUUAAAUAAAAAAUACUUAUUCUUGCAUGUAAAAGAAUAUUUGUGUAUAAAAUUAUAAAUAUGUUAUUCUAUACAUUUUAAACUCAUAGAAAUUCGGUCUCUAGUUAUGACUUGUAAUAGUUGCACUUAAGGAUAUCAAACCAUACAUUUAUUUAAGGGAAAUCAAAAUGUAUAAACUUACAUUGAAUAAUAAAAAACAGUUGUGCUUUUUUUAAAUUGCUAUACCAGAAAUUCAAGCAUAUACUAGUUAAAAAUCUAAUAAAACAUAACAUAUUUUUAAAAUUUAAAUCCUUUGAUUUCAAAUGUUAUAUUCUUUCGUAAAAAUGGCCAUAUCCUUUCCCCUAGAAUAGAAAUCUGACAAUAGACUAGAGGAAGUCUUAUAAUUUAGUUGAUCAUUGAAUUGUAAAGAAUUUCGUUUAUAAGCCUGUUUCUAUUUAACACAUCUAUAUCCUAUAGUUGAACCUUUGUAUAGUCUAUUUGCUUCGUAUGACGAAUUUUUGGUACCAAACUCAUCUAAGUCUAUAGCGUUAUAUUGCGCACACGUAGAUCAAAUUCGAGAAUAUUAUUAGACUAAUGCUUGAGUCCCAUCCGAUUGUUGUUUUUUAAUAAAUUAUAUUGGUGUUUGAUGGCCUUCUGUUGCCACAUUUUCUUACUAUUCGAAAUCAUAAAAAAAUUUAAAAAAAAAAAAAAUUCGGGCGUCCCUAAAAACCUAAUAAAACAUUUACAAGUUACAACCAUAGUAGUAGUGUUUAUAAUAUAUAAUUAAUUGAAAAUCGUUAAUAAAUGUUAUAGUUCUUUCAUUUCUCCCCCCCCCCUUAGCUCUGUAUACCAGAGAGCCAUUUUCGCAACCAACCCGAUAAAUCCGAGACGUCUUUUAAUAGAUGAACCUACUGUUGGUUUUUUAAAUCUGUUAAAACGUUUUACGUGUGUUUUAUCCGCAGCGUGCAUCUCACUAUAACUAAGUACUUUUAUGUUUUUUUUUUUUCAAAGAACACAAUAGUAUCGUCGUCAACUACUAAACAAGAACCCUUGAAAAUAAUUGCCCACCCAUCGCUUCUUCACUCUCCUGCUUUCAUCUACAGCUUUCGAUAAAAAAUUUAAAAAAUUAUUAAGCCGAUUACCUACCGGUUUUCGUCCUUACUAGGGGACACAAAGGACUCUUUACAAUAAUAAUAAUAUAAUAUUAUGCUUCGGAUCGAUUGUCGUUUUUACCGGUGGGUACGGUGGAGAAAAAAAACCAACUGCGGUCGACCGUCAAAUUGUCACCGACGACGGGAAAAACUUUUGAAAUGAAUGCGGAGCAAAAAAAAAAAAAAUUCUCCCCCGAUAAUAAUAUCGUUAUUCGGCGUAAUUGCUGCCCAAUAAUAAAAGAUUGACCGGGGCACCGGCACGCGGCGACCUGAUGGAAAAUUUCGCCGGAAGUCGAAAAACAACCGAAACGCCGCGGACAGUUUCGCAUAUAAAAAAAAAAAAAAACCGUUGAAAAUCGUGUCUUUUUACGCGCACAGUAAACGACGAUACCGCGUUGCCGCGCACUAAACCAUACCACAUAACGUUAUUUUUCUGUUUUUUUUUUUUCUUCAUCGUUUUUUAAAUUCCGUCCGUCGUCGCAUAAUCUCGCGCAGGUAUAUUAUUAUUAUUUUCACAGCGCGUCAUUAUUAUCGUCGCGGCGCCUGUGAAUUAUUAUUGUCCGCACACCCCCUCUCCCGGCGUUAUGCGCGGUAAUUAUUUGUCGAAAUGUGUUUUUGGUUUUUUCACACAUCCACCAACCACAACUGCACACAAUUAUUAUUAUUAUUAUUAUUGUUAUAACAGUUCCCUAACAAUAUGAUAUUUACGUUUAUAUUAAUCGAACAGACGGCGCGUGAUCGGUUAACGAUGCUUGUGGGUAUACGCGAAAAUACGAAAAUAGGGAUCCGGGUACGAAUCGUAGGUAUGUAGGUAACCCUCCGAUACACCGUCCGGAUACGCGAAGACGGAAAAUAUCACUGCACCCGCACGGCCGUAAACACCUUUCGUUUUUAAACAGCUUCCUCUCCCCUCUGCCGCAGAGACCGGAACUGAUGAGAGAUAAUUGUAUUAUUAUUAUUAUUAUUCUCGUCGGUAAGCGUCCAUAAUAUUUAAGAUUUUAGCGACGAGCGGUUUGACGUUUUGACCGGAUUACGGAUGCGCAAUUUGAUUUUAAAACCGUUUAAAAUAACAUCGUAAAUUGUCACGUUGUUCGAUGCGUUUUGCCCGCCGGCUCUAAUUUCACUGUAAAAGGAGUGACGUUUAUAUUUUUUUUUUUAAAAGAUUUUCGUUCAAAUUUAAUAUUAAAAUUUUUAUACAAAGAAAAUACACUAAAUCGACUCUUUUUUUUUUGUUUCUGUCCACAAAGUACGGCUUGUAAUAAAUAAAUCGUCAAGUAUUUCUGUUCGGUCAAACAAUUUCAUUCACAGAAGGUAGGUUCCCUACCGAAUAUAAAUUACGUUAAAACCGUCGCGAAAUUAAAAUUAAUUUAUAGGAAACUGCUCAAAUGGUUUAAAAUGUUAUCAUGUCUAUAAAAGGCAAAUAUAAUUUUUUGUCAUAAAUGUCAAUUCUCUAUGAACGUUUUUAACUGAAAUACAACAUAAAAAAACAAAAUUGAAAAUAGCAUAAGUGUUGGUUUCGUUAAUGUUCUCGUUAUUUUUACGUUUUUUUGGUUUUACAAAAUUAUUAAAAAAAAACUACUUUUUACUCACCAACCAUGUUAAAAAUUUAACAUAAAAGGUCUUGUUGUUUUUCUAUCGAAGCAAUACGUCUGUUUGAAAACAUAAACCGUACAAUUUUAAAUAAAAUAAUCAUAGUAUUCUGUAAAUUUGUUAGUUUUUUUCAUUUUUUUAUUCUUCCUGGCUUUUCCCAAUUAUUAUGAAAUUACUUGGAAAAUAAAAAAAUCAACUAAAUUCAAAAUGUAACAAAAAAGGACUCUAAGCACCUUUAAUUAAAGCAAUAAUGCUAGUAGAAAACAUAAUUUGUACUAGUUAAAAACAAAGAAAUAUUUGCUGUUUUUCCUAUAAUUUUGAUUCUGACUUCCCAAUUAUUUUGAAAACCCCUUAGAAAAUCAAAAAAUGACAUCUCAAUGCACAAACUAGAUAAAUAUCCUUUCAUUAAAGGUGCUACACUUACACCAGAGCAAGAUUUCUAGUAGAAAAGUUGCUUAUAUACACAAAAAAUAAAAAGUAUCAGUUAAACUAAUAGAUCUUUUGUUCCGCUCUGAAUCUAAAAAAAGUACAGAUAUUCCUUUCAUAAUUUAUGGCUACUGUAAUAGUCUAAAAGGUAUAAGAUAUUGGGUAAAUAAUUGCAAUUAAGAAUAUUAUUAGUUUCAAUAAUACUCCCAUGGUAACCCAAAAAUUAACAAUAAUAAAAUUGAUGUAUUGAUCAAAGGACUAGCUUCUGUAAACUUACGUGGUAACCCCAGGGUUAAAUGGCGGUGGUGUCAGGACCUAUUAAUCUAGUCAAAAUUUUAAAUUGUACAUAAUACUAUUGUAAAAACAUGAAUCUAUGCAUAUAAGUAACUGUUAAAGUGUCUUUACUGGAAAGCUUCUUUAAUCCUUUUUUUUUUUCAAGCCAUAAAUUCAUUCAUCUCUUUUACUUAUUGUUCUAACUAGUAACAGAUUGUAAAUUGUAUUAAACACAAAUAAAGAAAAAAGUAAAAAAAAGUAUUGACAUAUUGUAUUGUCAGGUUUUAUCAUUUUUAAGAAAAAUUGUUGGGAAUCUAGAAAUGUUAUUCAAAUAAAGUACUAGUGGUUGACAAAUACCUAUAAUAUUUUGAGAGAAAAACAUCUUAGUAAAUAGAUCUGUUACCUGUUUAAAAAAAAAAAUUAAAUUAUAUACUUCAUACAGUUAGAUUGUAUGUGAAAAAUUCACUUUUUACACCAGAUGAUGCAUAAAGUGAUUUAAUUUUCCAUUAUUAAAACUGUACUUGACACUUGCACAAUAAUAAUAUACAGUAGAAACCGUUUAUAAUGACAUUCAAGGGACUAGUUAAAGUUUUUAAUAAGAUUUUCAUUAUAACCAAAAUAUAAAAACUUGAUUACGUAUAUGUGUCUAUCUAUGAACAUAAUAAUGUAUUACAAUCAAAUGUCAUAUUUGUUUUUAUCACUAAAUCAUUACUUGAAUACAUACAGAAAAAAAUUAAUUAUAACGUUUUUUAUUAUUUUAAAAUUAAAUUUACAACAAAUUAAUUUUUUUAGUUUGUAUAAAAAUCAUGCAGAUUUUUCUAAUAUUACUAAAAAUAACCAUCAUUAUACUGACAUUUAUAAUAAUCGAUACAAAUUAAUAUAUACAAUGUAGGAUUUUUGUCGAGACCAUCAAUCUACGGUUAGGUUACCUAACCAGUAUUAUUAUAAACAAUAUCUACUGUAUUAAAAUAAAUAUUGUAUUUUGAUGUUUUUUUUUUUUUAAUGGAGAACUAGAAUAAAUUUUCCUAUCCCCGCUAAAUAAAUAAUAUCUAAAUGUAAUUUUUGUUUUUAUUUUAUUUUUACAGUGUUGGACACAGCCGGUCAAGAGGAAUUCAGUGCCAUGCGGGAGCAGUACAUGAGAAAAGGAGACGGUUUUAUGAUUGUCUAUUCGGUGACUGACCCGAACAGCUUCACAAACGUUCCUAAUUUUUUUACUCAGAUACUUCGGGUCAAAGAUAGGUAAGUAGGUAUCUUCGAGUAAUUGAGCUGUCUGGUUUAGAAUAUCUGCUCAAACGAUUAAUUUAUAUUAUUUUUUCCCAUUUCAAGAGAUGAGUAUCCAAUGUUACUGGUUGCCAACAAGGUAGACCUCGCCCAUUUGCGAAAAGUCACUGAGAAAGAGGGCCGAGCUAUGGCUAACCGUUUGAACUUGAUGUACAUGGAAACCAGUGCUAAAGACCCUCCGCAAAACAUUGACAGAGCCUUCCACGAGGUGACUGUGCUCCUUUGUUUAUUUUACAAUCAUAAUAUUAUAUGUAAUUUUCUUUUUCUUGUAGGUGGUGCGCAUUAUACGAAACCAUCCUAAAGAGUUGUCUGAAGAACGCCGUCGUAGACGUCCAAAAUGUCUGGUCAUGUAAUAAAAUACUACAAAACCAUGAAAAAACUUUUGAAGAAACCAACUGAAAAAUUGAAGUUUAAGUUUGCUUGAGACAAACAAAAAAAAUGAAAGGAAUGUACCGUGUAUUUUAUGAUAUUUUAGUGUUUUAAGUGAAUAUAUAAAAUGUUUUCCGUACAAUCUUUGUACACGAAUAUAAUUUAUAACGCCAAUUUAAGUCAAGUCUGAAUGUUUUGAAAUUGUUUACUAAUAUUAUAAUAUUACAAAUAAAGAACAUAAUAUCUUUUAAUGCGUAUUAUGUAUUAAUUAUUUAAUAAAUUUUAUAUUAUAAGUAAAAGUUAAUAAUGUCAGUAGCAUUUGUACUGAACGUCAUAAUAUUAUCAUUAAUACGCGCAAUUUUUAAACGACCGAUGAAACAUGAGUGAACAAUUUUAUUUGAAUUGCUUUACAUUAUUUUUAAAAAAAAAAUACAUUUUUUAUAAGUAUAAGUUAUAUACACUUGUUGUAAUAUGUACAAUAAAAAAUAAUAAAGCAGAAUUCAUAUAAACAAUUAUUAUUUCCCUAUGCUGUCAAUACUGAGCAUGUCAUCAGCAAUAUUGCUAGGUGAUGUGUCCAUGUCAUAAAUACUGUUUGAUUCACUUUUUACCGAAAAAUUAUCAUUGUACAUAUCUGUCGUUAAACUUUGUUGGCUAAAAUUACUGUUUCCACAUUUUAAGUCGAGAGUUGACUUGCUACUCUCUGGUGCUGAUAAUACACUGUCAGAAUGAUGGAGUUCGUUGGGCUGAAGUGGCUGGAA